AUGUAUGAACCGUGGCUUCGAGAGAAAGAUAAUUGGUGGGUUAGAGGUCCACAAGGUCAAGAUGUACAUGCACUUUUUGUUAAGGAUCUGUUACUUCCUGGUGUCAAGCAAUGGGAUGUGGAAAAGGUGAAGAGUUUUUUUAAUCCUGUAGGGGCUGAAUCUAUUCUUAAAGUACCGUUGGUGGAGGAUGUUUUGGAGGAUAGGUUGGUUUGGCAAGAGGAGAAGCAUGGUGAGUAUAGUGUGAAAUCGGGUUAUAGGCUUUGGAGAGAGUUGCAGAGGGGUACGCAGUAUCAUGGUAUGGAGGGUAAUUGGAAGAAUCUGUGGAAUAUUUCCGCUCCUUCUAGAUCUAAGCAUCUGUUAUGGAGAGUUUGUAGGGGCUGCCUCCCGACUCGCACUAAGUUGCAACAACAUCAUGUCCUUUGUCCAUCUAUUUGUCCGUGGUGUAACCGGGAGGACCGUAGGAAUAUAGGUAGAUUUGCGGUCAUGCUUGAGGUUCUUUGGAAGAGUAGGAAUGAUGUGGUUUGGAAAGAUAGUCGAGAAGAUGCCCUUCGAAUUGGAUUACAAGCGUAUUAUAAUUGGUAUGAUUGGUCUGUAGCUAGAAAGGAACCUUCGGAGUGCGAUACUAAUAUUGUUUCCGUGGAUUGGAGUCCGCCAAUGGUAAAUCAGGUGAAAUGCAAUGUUGAUGCGGGUUUUAAUAAUGUCCGUGGUACUACUAAUAGAGGAUGGUGCUUUAGGGAUCAUUUGGGGAGAUUUAUCAGAGCAGGAAUUUCGUGGGAUGUAGGCCUGCUUUCGGUCUUUGAAGCUGAAGCCAUUGCUUUGAAGGAAGCAAUCCAACAUGCUAUCUCCUCCCAAUUUUCUCAUGUUGUCUUUGAAAGUGAUUGUCAAGUUGUUGUCAAUUUUGUCCAAGCUAAACUGUCGGCUCCUCUGAAUUUAGUUUUAUCAUUAGAUCUAUUCAGAAUAUGUUAUGUUUAUUUCCGAACUUUGAGGUAA